AUGAAUUAUUCAACUGUCUUAAGUAAAAAACCUUUCCCUCCUCAAAAACAGGAUCAAGCCAUUAAUUUAUUAGUUUAUGGAUGUGAAAUUCAAAAAAUAACAUCUGGGAAUAAAUUUGAGAAAUUAUUCAUCUAUAUGUCCCAUGAAGUUAGUUAUCAACUUAUUUAUAUUAUAAAUCAAUACACAAAUUAUAUAGAUUUGAGGAAAAUUAGAUUUAUAACUGAUGAUAUUCGAGAUAGUAAGAAAUUUACAGAUGAUAAAUCAGUGUUAUUACAAAUCUUUGUUAGCGAGGAAUGUUGGUAUUUAAAAUUUGCAAAUCAAACUCUUAAAGAAUUGUGGUGGCAAGGAUUGUAAUAUUUUUAUACAAAAGUAAAAGAAGAUUUGAAAGAAAAAUUAUAAAUCCAAUUGAUGGCUUGGGAGAUGUUUAUUAAAUUUGACGAAGAUAGAGAUGGUAGUUUGAAUAAGGAAGAAUAAUAAGGGUUUCUUAAUUGGAUUAAAUUGGUGUAUCCAAAUAAGAGUUUUAUUGAAAAUAAAUGUAUCCAAUCAAGUUUUCAAAACAAAUUAGAAUUUAUGCAAUUUGAAGAAAUAGUUAGAUUAUUAUACAAGUAGUCUAUUUUAAUUAAAUUGAAUAAGCUUUAUUUAAAUUCUUAAAACCUAUUAAUUGAAGCAGAUUUUGAAAAGUUCAUUAGAACUGCAUAACGAUAAUAAGAUACAGACUACUUCUUUGGAUUCCCCAUGACAGCAGAUAAAUUUAAUGAUUUUCUAUUUAGUCAAUAGAAUUCCAUUUUUGAAAUGGGUCAUUCAGAUGACAUGACCAAACCUCUAUCUCACUACUACAUCAACAGUUCUCACAAUACCUAUCUUACAAAGGAUCAAUUGGCAGGUGACAGCAGUGUAGGUCAAUAUGUAAUUGCAUUAUUAAAUGGGUGUCGAUGCUUUGAAUUAGAUUGUUGGGAUAGCAUUUCUGACAGGAAUCCAGUGGUGUACCAUGGGUACACUUUGACAUCCAAGAUAUUGUUCGAGGAUGCCAUUCUGGCCUUAGACAAAUUCGGGUUCAUGUUUUCGUCUUACCCAAUAAUAUUGUCAUUAGAGUUGCAUUGCAGCAUAGAUCAAUAGGAAGUAUUGGGGUAGAUUAUGAGGGCCUAAUUUAAAGAUGAACUUUAUAUCUAUGAAUAGAAUCUUAGCGUUCUUCCUUCGCUUGACAAGCUAAAAAGAAAGUUCCUAAUAAAAAGUUCAGGCAUAUUAGAGGAAUCCUAUAGUCUGCACAAAAACAAUUAAGAGAUCCACAAAACUAUGUAGAGUCAAAAGAUCGUUAAAACGCAGAAGACUUUGGAGUUGAUAUAGGUAGAUUAAGAUCCUGAACCUGGGUUGGUAAGAGAAAUUGCAUAGAAACAAAGAAUUAGUAAUAAAACUUUAAAAAAUCUGAAUUAUGAAAAUAAACAAAAAUAAUUCAUAAGACAUGAUGCAAUUUGUGAUUUUAAAAUGAUAGGAGAUUAAAUUGAUCUGGUAAUCCCUGUGAGUAUGAAUGUCAAACAUCAUCCUUAGUUUUUGAGUUGCAUAAGCUUAUUUAAUUCUCCUUUUGAAAUCAAUAAGAAACGAUCAAUUUGGAACAUAUCUUCUUUGAGUGAGGACAAAGUGGAUAAAAUCUUUAAAGAAAAGAAAGUUAAGGAAGUCUAAUAACAUUUAAACAAUUACCUAGUUAGGAUUUAUCCUUCAGGAAUGAGAGUGGACUCUAGCAAUUUCGAUCCAAUUCCAAGUUUCAUUCUGGGUGCUCAAAUCAUUGCCCUCAACUUCCAAACCAAAGAUGAACCCAUGUUAAUUAAUAGGGCAAGGUUUUCACAAAAUCUUGGUAUUGGUUAUGUUCUCAAACCAAAAUACUUGAUUGAAGGAUUGGAUUAAGUGACUAAUUUUGAAUCUCCGGAUUAUCCAAAAAAAUUAGUAACUCUCGAGAUCAUCUCUUGCUAAUUGUUUUUACUGCACACUAAAAAUGUCAUAAAUCCACAGGUGAUUGUGAAACUUAAAGGAAAUAAAGUGGAUGAAAAUGGGUAGGAGUUGCAAACUAAUGUUAUAUAUAAUAAUGGAUUGAAUCCAGAAUUUGAUCAGAAUUAUUCAAAAACAACUUUUGAGGUUAAAGAUGUGGAUUAAGCUAUCUUCAUAUUUAAAGUGUUCAAUAAAUCAGAUGACAAUAAAUAGACUAUCAUAGGAUAGUAUGCUUUACCAUUUAAAAAUAUGAGAGAAGGAUUUAGAGCAAUACCAUUAAAAGAUGAAAACUUAAUGGUUAUGGAAUAUUGCUAUAUAUUUGCUCAAGUAACCAUCUAAUGA